GACUUCGCCACGGCUGCUUUGUGUAGCGACACAACAGAAAAAUACUGGCCAGAACUUGGAAGAGGACCACAGUCAGAGCCAAAAUGAACAGAAGGUUGAACCCAGCUCUACUGAAAAAAAUUUAACUGAAGAAAAGGCCAAACUGGAAGAACAACUAAAAGAGGUUAGGGACAAGUACAAGCGUGCCUUGGCAGAUGCGGAAAAUGUGAGGCAAAGAAGCCAGAAGCUGGUGGAAGAGGCAAAGUUAUACGGGAUUCAGAGCUUCUGUAAGGACUUACUGGAAGUUGCAGACAUUUUGGAGAAAGCAACAGAAAGUGUUCCGAAAGAAGAAAUCAAAGAUGAAAAUCCUCACCUGAAGAGCUUAUAUGAAGGUCUUGUUAUGACAGAAGUACAGAUUCAAAAAGUGUUUAAAAAACAUGGCCUGCUCAGACUGAAUCCUGUCGGAGCCAAGUUCGAUCCCUAUGAACAUGAAGCAUUGUUCCAUGCUCCCAUGGAAGGGAAGGAGCCUGGCACCAUUGCAUUAGUAUCCAAGAUUGGCUACAAGCUGCAUGGGCGUACGCUGCGGCCUGCCUUGGUGGGUGUCGUGAAGGACGCUUAGCUGCUUCAUCUGAGAAUUCAAAAUGCCAUACAACUAUUAAGCAGCUGGAUGGUUUUUCCCUUA